CUGCUGCAGAAGUUUGGCUUGAUGAAAGUUCAGAGCGCGGAAGUGAAGAGAAACUUUCGCAUGAAUCUCUGCAAGAGAGCGACACUUCCCGCGUUUGAAUGUGGAUAAGGAUGACAGUGAUGACAAGGAUCCGCCAGUGCGUCUGAGGAAAUAUCGAGUUGCACUGUUUUGUGAGGCUUUAUUUCAGGUCUGAUUAUGGGGUUGCCGACUCUAGAGUUCAGUGACUCUUUUGUGGACAGUCCGGACUUUAGAGAGAGACUCAAAUGUCACGAGAUCGAGCUGGAUCGAACCAACAAGUUCAUCAAAGAGCUGAUUAAAGACGGACACCAGCUGAUCUGCGCGCUCAAGAACCUCUCGGCAGCCGUCCAGAAGUUCUCCCAGUCCCUGCAAGAGUUCCAGUUUGAGUGCAUUGGCGACGCAGAAACGGAUGAUGAAGUCAACAUUGCUCAGUCCUUCAAAGAGUUUUCCCAGCUGCUGAACACCAUGGAAGAGGAGAGAAGGCGGCUGAUACAGAAUGCUGAUGAUGUUCUGAUCACACCCUUGGAGAGAUUCCGGAAAGAGCAGAUUGGAGCAGCCAAGGAGGGGAAGAAGAAAUUUGACAAGGAGGCGGAAAAGUACUAUUCCUCACUAGAAAAACAUCUCAACCUGUCAUCCAGAAAAAAAGAAUCGGCUCUCCAAGAGGCUGACGCUCAGAUUGAUAAGGAGCGGCAACUCUUUUAUGACGCCUCUCUAGAAUACGUCUUCAAAAUCCAGGAGGUUCAAGAGAAGAAGAAAUUUGAAUUUGUCGAGCCGCUCUUGGCCUUCCUACAGGGUCUGUUCACAUUCUAUCAUGAGGGUUAUGAGCUGGCCCACGAAUUUGAGCCCUACAAACAACAGCUACAGUUUAACCUGCAGAAUACGAGAAACAACUUUCUGAGCACCAAGCAGGAAGUAGAAAAGCUGAUGAACAGAGUUCGGUCUGCAGAUCAAGACCAGAAGCCUCCAGGCCACUGGACAAUGGAAGGCUACCUCUAUGUCCAGGAGAAACGGCCUUUGGGAUGCACAUGGACACGCCAUUAUUGUACGUACGAAAAAGAUAACAAGACCUUCAGCAUGUGCAACACAGAGGCGAAACCCACAGCUAAACAGAACGGUGUCAUGUCAAAUCCAACAGAGAAGUUCAGACUGAAGUCCUGCAUCAGAAGGAAGACUGACUCGAUUGAUAAGCGAUUCUGUUUUGAUAUAGAGGUGGUUGAAAGAAAUACCAUCUAUCGUGGAUCUCUUUUCAGACCACUGCAAUUUUUCUGUAAAGCCCGGCAUGGCAUUAUCACGCUACAAGCGCUGUCUGAGUCCAAUAGGAGACUUUGGCUGGAAGCUAUGGAUGGCAAAGAGCCGAUCUACAACCUUCCUGCUAUUCUGAGCAAGAAAGAGGAGACAUAUUUAAAUGAAGCUGGAUUUAAUUUUGUGAGGAAGUGCAUACAGCUGGUGGAGGUGAGAGCAGGACUCAACACUAUGGGUUUGUACAGAGUCGGUGGAAUAAACUCAAAAGUGCAGAAGCUCAUGACCACAGUCUUCUCACCCAAAGCAGCGUCAGAUAUGGAUCUGGACCCAGAUACCUGGGACAACAAGACCAUCACCAGCGGCCUGAAGAAUUACCUCAGGUGUCUUUCUGAGCCUCUCAUGACAUACAAGCUCCACUCAGACUUCCUCUUGGCUGUCAAAUCUGAUGAUCAGAACUACAGAGUGUGUGCUGUUCAUGCACUAGUGCAUAAACUACCUGACAAAAACAAAGAGAUGCUGGAGAUAUUAAUCAAACAUCUAGUCAAUGUGUCCACUCACAGUGAGAGUAACAUGAUGACGGUGUCCAAUCUCGGAGUGAUCUUUGGCCCUACGCUCAUGCGCUCACAGGAAGAAACCGUUGCCGCCAUGAUGAACAUCAAAUUCCAAAAUAUUGUGGUAGAAAUUCUCAUUGAAAACUUUGAAAAGAUAUUUCAUCAAGCGCCAGACCCUAAUGUUCCUCUGCCACAGCCUCAGUCUCGGCCGGGGUCUCGCAGGAGCAGAGCAAUCUGUCUCUCAUCUGGGCCGCGCAAACCCAAAAGCCUCUACACGCCCUCACUGUGCCUGGCAGACGCGGACAGUGAGUCUCACAAUACCACAAAGGACGGGAGAGGAUGGAAAAGGGGGGCAUUAUCAAAAUUGAGCAUAUCGCCCAACAAUAGUGACACGUUCAGCAGUAGCUCCGGCAGCACUCCAAUCGGCAGCAUGGACUCCCUCUCCUCCCACUCCUCUGAGCAGAACAGCUCCUCCAAAACCUGCUCCUCUCCACAGCCCAAAGACAAGCCCCCCUUCCCCGGCCUGCGGCGGACUCCUUCCUCUCUGUCCUCCAGUGAGCCGCAGGGCCCCACUUGCACCAGCAGUCCAGACUCCAGCUCCAGAGAGGACACAGCCCGUGUGGACUGGGAGGACUCCAGCGGGGUGAACACAGUCUCAGCAGCUGUCAGAUCUUCACCAGCACCCACAAAGGCUCCCCACAUAGAAGCCGGAAUCAAAUCAGCACAGCUUAUCCGCUCGAACGCCCCAUCUCUAAAAUCUUUAAACGUCACAGAAGGUCGUAAGAGCUGUGUGGGGUCUGUACACAAUCUAGCAGGCGUGGAGCAUAAAGACGGCACCCGAUCCACUGCCUACCAUGAUCUGCCGCCUAAAAUGGUCCUGCGUCGAAAGCUGGACAACAGCAGCUCUACCAAUGGUUAUCAGAGACCAGGAUCAGUGGUGGCUGCCAGAGCUCUGCUUUUUGAGAACCCAUCAGCUGUAAAACCUCCUCCCUUGGGAAGAGAUGCCAAAGCCAUAUAUUCCUGUGAAGCUGAACACAACAAUGAGCUCAGCUUCCCACAGGGGGCUCACUUCUCCAACGUGUAUCCGUCGGUGGAACCGGGCUGGCUCCAGGCAACAUUUGAAGGCAGAACAGGCCUCGUUCCUGAAAAUUACGUAGUGUUCCUCUGACAGCGUCUAACCAGCAGAGGCCAAGCAAUUCAUGGUAUCCAUGGUGACAUCAAUUUUAGACCAAGAGCUUUAAGUAUAACUCAGUCAUUGACGGAUAUGUAAGUGGACUGUGCCAUUAACAUGACAUUAAAUAUAAAGAGAUCAUGUAUGGUACACAAACCUCAAUGAUCCAGCACAAAGGUGAUUAAUGUCUGGCUUGCAAAGCUUUCGCUGAGGUAUGAAUGUUAAAAUUGACAUCACGUGCUGCUUUAGUCUGGAUACACAAAUUCACAUACACUGAGAGAUCAGGAGGUGCGACGGGCUGCACUAAAUGGUCCUUUUAGGUCUACUGUGUGGUGGAAUACUGUAAUUCUGUCAAGAGAGAUCAGCUAAUGGGUCUAAAAAGACAGGCUUUGUUUUAUUUUAGCUCAAAGUUAACUGCCUUGAAAUGAAGGAGAAGAAUGUUAAACCUCAGCACUAAUUAUCUGAGUUGUGAAUCAUUGUCAUGUUUGACUCAGUUCAGCCAAACUGUGCUGUGUGUGGUUUAUCUCCUUAUAAAUGUAUGUACUUUUACGGUCUUUAAUGUUCAAAAGUCUGAGACCAUAUUUGUAGGAUUUUGAACAUUUUAAACUAUAACAAAAAAAAUCUGUAAUAUUUUUAGGUCACUAAUCAAUUAAGUAAAUGGUGGUCAAAUUUCCAGCUCUUUGGAACAUUUAUAAAUCAUGCUGGAGAAAAUUAGUAUCUGGUUUGGUUAUGCAGCUUGAGUGCUGCUGACAUUAAAGGGACAAAAAAUUACAUUUACACAUUUUCAAUUAUUCAUAUUCAUCACAUUAUGCUGUUAAUAUGUUUUGUAAAUAAAAAAGUAUGUUACUGAUCAACAUAAUUCUACAUGCAGUACUGAAAUCAGCCAUUCAAUUUUGUUAGACAGUGAAAUGUUCCAGUUUUGUGCUGAAAUAUCAGCACCCUUGCUUUAUUCAGGCAAAUCAGUGGAACGCAAUUGAAAGUGUUCCAGUUAUUCUUAACUGAAAUGUCUAAUAUUUUCUGAUACACAUUAUUAAAUCUCAGUUUUAGAGCAUGAGUGGAUCAAGGUCACUGCAGAAUGUCAAGUAAAAUGUAAUCUUUAUAAAUACUAAUGAAUCAAGUCUUGCUGUAAUAACUUCAUUGUUGCUGUUCAGGUCAUGUUAUUCCUUUUGAAGUUUAAAGUGACACUCUCAGUGUCAGCAACACCAAUGUGGUACGUUCCGAUCAUCUUUUUGUCCCCAUAAUGAAACAUUCCAAACUUGUAUUAUGAAUUGAUGAAGAUCUAGAUGAUAGCAAUUUAUAUAUGGAUGAUUUUGUAAAUCAUAUAUUUUUCUGCUUAAUUCAUUUUUGUUCUGCCAAUAAAUUUAUGAAAUGAGA